AUGUCUUCUAAUGAAAACCCCAAUAAUUUACCGACAGAAGUCCCGGUUCUUGUCAUCGGUGGUGGCGGCAGCGGUCUCACGUUGUCAAUCCUGCUUUCGGACUAUGGGAUAACUUCUCUGUUAGUGGAGCGUCGCUCUGGCACUUCCCAUAUGCCGAAGGCUGGAGCACAUAAUCAACGGAGCCUGGAGAUAUUUCGGCGACACUGUAUUGCUGAAGAGAUUCAACAUGCUGGAGUCCCUGCGCAAAAUAGGCUACGUGCGGCGUGGAUGACAUCUCUCGGGGGAGGUGACCCUAUAGCCGCUCGAGAACUGUAUAGCAUUGAUCUUAAUGGCGAAGGCAGCUUCCGGGAGAUUUAUGAGAGGGACAGUCCGGAACUCUCUGCCGGAUUAGGGCAGCAUCUUCUGGAGCCACUCCUUCGCAAACAUGCGGAGAGUCGUUCCCAGGCGAUCCUAAAGUUCGGUCACCAACUUAUGACUCUCGAACAGCAUCAUGCUGGUGUGAUCGCUUCGAUAAAGGAUAUGAGGGGCGAAAUUCACAGAGUUCGAGCAAGAUACGUUAUUGCGGCGGACGGUGGGCGGACGGUAGGGCCUAUGUUAGGGGCUCAAAUGAUCGGACGAUCUGGCUUAGCUGAGAUGUUGAGCAUAUUUUUUCGAGCUGACCUCUCGUCCUAUGUCUCUGAUGAUGUGAUGGCAUACUGGUUUGUGGGUCCCAAACACGGAAGUUGGGCUGGAGGUUCCCUUGUGAAGGCUGGCCCUCACCCUUGGAAUCGACAUUCACCUACCUGGACCAUUCACUUCAUGCUUCCUGAGGGCGACUCUGACAUUGGUCAGAUCACAGUUGACAAUGCCCUUCCCCGCCUUCAAGAUCUACUUCAUCUCCCUAAUCUGAAAGCUGAUAUUCUUGGGGUUAGCCCUUGGAAAAUUGAUGCUGUUCAGGUUGAUAGGUACCGAAUUGGCGAUGUCUUUUUCAUUGGGGAUGCUGCCCAUCGACAACCACCGACCAGCGGCCUCGGACUUCAGUCUGCCAUCCAGGACGCGGAUAAUUUGUCCUGGAAGCUUGCGAGCGUACUUCAUGGUCAAGCAUCGGAGGAUCUCCUUGACACAUACGAAACAGAGCGGCGGCCGGUCUGCAAACAGAAUGUCGAAUAUGCGCUAUUCGCCUUCGAAAACCAGUUCGCCUUUGAAGCAGGCCUUGGUUUAAACCGGGCUAAAACAGUAGAAGAAAGGAGUGAGGUAUUUGAAGCCUACUUUGAAGAAACCCCGCUUGGUGCUACUCGUCGCGCCAGAGCUGCGGAGGUCUUCAACACUGUUCGUCUUGAACUUAACCCCCAUGAUCGCGAGCUUGGGUUCUAUUAUGAGGCGGGUGCUCUAGUUCCCGACGGCACGUCGCUUCCAGAGAGGGAUCCAAUGGGGGUGAGCUAUCGUCCCACCACACGCCCUGGUUCACGUCUCCCACACGCGUGGUUAAACAAUCGAGGGGCUAGAUUGUCAACGCAUGACCUCGGUAGAACAGGUGAGUUCGUUCUCCUCUGCGGAUACGGCGCAGCUGCUCUCGAAUGGUCUGAGGCAGCGACCCAGCUCGCCAAAAAUACGAAAAUUCCGAUCGUUGGAAUCCGCAUAGCUCCUGAUGGUGAUUAUGGUGACCCUACCUGUAUCUGGAGUCGCCUGCGUGAAGUUUCGAAUGAUGGAGCAAUCUUAUUAAGACCGGACAAAUAUGUAGCAGCUCGAUAUCAUUCAUCAGUCAAAGAUCCGUACUCAUGCCUCCGUCAAGCGUUUGAGCGAAUACUGGGAAAGGUAGUGGACGCUAGUGUUACAAUUAGGCCUCUUUAG